AUGAAUUCGCGAAAGUCGAGCAUCGUUUCGAUUCGGUCCAACACAUCCUAUGGAAAUGUCGGCACCAUCUCAUCGUUGACAUUCAGCCAGAAGCAGGCGCUCACCGUCUCAUGGCGUCUUCUCAAACCGCAAUCAUCGGCGUGCUUCCGCAAAAUUUUUCUCGAGCUUGAGGUAGCUUCACCGAAAGUCAAACAGAUUUUCUAUAAAGCUGCAUUGGUUGAUGCUUUCAACAAGGAUGAGGAGAACAGUGCUACGCUUGAAGUCCAUAUCAAGCUCACUGUCAAAUUCAUCGACGAUGUGCUCUCCUCAUUGGACGAUGAAAAUGAGUUUGUGCGAAAGAUUCGCGCGAUGGGACAAAUCCACGCGGUGCUCUCACGCAGCUGCAACUUCUCGGCGGUCAUUUGGGAACGUCUCGGCGAGAUUGCGAUGGAGCGCAUUUGCACGCACGAGACAGUGCAGAAGACGAGAGAGGCGUCGAAAGCGUGGCGGACGUUGAUCGCGAUUCUCAUCGACGAGCUUCGCGGGGGUUUCGAGUUUGAGCUGCGACAGCAUAGAAAGAACUCAUCAACGGAUCAGAUCGAUAAGAACAAUGGUGAAGACGAUGAGGAUCUUCAUACGAAGCUUCAACAACUCCGCAUGGAUUUCGAUAAUACUAUGCCUUAUCGCUGA